CUUGAUGCUAUCGAAGCCUCACUCUCUGAGAUGAAAGAAUUACUAAAAUCUCACCUGCUCAGCAAUGACCGGUCCUUGACAAGAGAUCCAGCGAAUGAGCCGCGUGGGACGAGCAGUAGCCUAAACCCGAGAAAAGAUAUCAAUAGUCAAGCCACUAUGCACGUGCCAUCAGCGACAGAUAUAUCGGCAACCACCGACAUCCAGCCAGCACCAAUCACAGUGGUCCGCCACGUCGGAAGUCUAAUCACCGAGCCCGUAACGACCGGGGAAAACGAUUCGCUUCGGGGAAAUAUGACCGAGAUGGGCUUGGACUCGGAUAAUUUCGCCAGUGUUUUCCAGCAUGGCUUCGAGCAAAUAGCAUCCUGGUACCCAUUUCCGCAUGAAACGCUGACGGAUCUCAAGGAGAAUCAUCCUCUGCUCUUCGCCAUGUGUCUUCUAGCAGGUAUCCGAGCAACGGCUGGUCUGAACCGCACAAACUUGCACGUAACCCUUCAUACAUUGGUCAAAACCCACUUGGGCAGGAAGACUCUGGAUACACCAAUCGAUAUCUCCACCAUACACGGCAUGCUUAUCUUCAGUGCGUGGAGUUUUGGGCCUCUCGUGCCAGGUGGGAGAUAUAUUGAUAGCUGGCUGAUGAGCAGUACGACUAUCACCCACUGCAUGCUCAGUUUUCCUCUAUCUGAGCUUGUGUCCCUCGUGGGUUUGUACGAUGAGACAAGUCGGAACAUGUGCAGGAUGUGGAUCCAGGCGUCGCUGGUGCAUCUGAAAUAUGCAAUUGGCACCGGUCGGCCAUCCGUAGUUCCAUGUGAGCGUCUUCAUCCGUGGACGGAGAUUGUCAAGUACCCCGGGUUCGAAACAUUCGAUCAAAUCAUUGCAGCAGAGCUCAAGCUCUAUAUUCAUUUAUACGAAGCAAUCUAUCACACCGUCAGCUCAGUGCCAGAAGCCUGGGAGAUGGUCAACAGAUGGGGACGGAAAUAUCUUGGAGAAGGCAACAACGUAUUGAGGUGGGCACACUCUUGUGUAUCUCUCAUAUUGUCUCGAUGGGAAUUAGCGAAGCAAAAUCAGGUCAUGUCUCCGGACUCGCUGAUGCGCAACGAGCGUAUAAACGAACUGACCCAAACGGUCAUUCGUCAUGCUCAGCUGGUACUGAGAGAGAUUCUUGUCCUCUGUACUGCGGAAACUGCGUUUGUUAGACCAACAUACGACUACCUGCUUACCGCAUAUGCGGGCGUCACCCUAGCAGAGUAUUGCUCGAGUAUAUCGGAUGUGCACGCAACAUAUACGUUGAUGGAAGAUGUUCGGACGCAGGCUAGGAUUCCCAGAAGCAUUGAAGGGGUGUUUAGCUGGGCCACGAAUGUCGUGCAGAAGAAGGCAAAGGACUUUUUGGAUUCGAAGGUGGCGGUAGUUCCCGAUGACACAUUUUAUUCAUACCCCGGGUCGGUCGCAGACUGGGCUCCAUUUCGGUUUAUUGACUCGAUGCCCGCGUCUGAUUGGGACGGGAUGAAUGGCUCUAUGCAACAAUUUUGA